AUGGUUGAAGAACUGGAAACUGCUGGAGUUAUCAAGGAUCCUUACACAAUCAUUGGGAGUACCUUGAAUGCUACUUCUUUGAGGAAAAUGGGUCUAAUUCAAGCUAUUGAAAAUGCUCCUCAGGCUAUUCCAGGAGUUAGAAACAGAAGAGGUCCAAUUCUUUCUGAGUUUGAGAUGUUCUUUCUGAAUGAACAACCUGAUAUUAAGGUUCGUUACCUUAAUCUUCUCAAACAAGAUGGUUCUAUUGAUGCUCCUAUUGGGGUCUGCAAGCAGAAGCUUCCGACUACCAAGGAUGGUAUAGUAGAAGUUUUUCCAAAAGCUGCUUCUCAAAAAGAAAGAAGGACAAAGCGUAAACAAGAUGUUCCUUCUAUCAGUAAGGAGAAGCGAACUGAAGAAAAAGUUGCUGAAGAAAAUAAAGUUGUUAUUGAAAAGGAAAAUAAAGAAAAAGAAGAUGUAGUCAUCAAGAAGAAACAGAAGAAGAAUGAGAAAGAGGAUGAUAUGAAAAAUGAUGAGAAGGAAGCUGAAAAGAAGAAGAAGAGGAAAAAGACUGAUAAGACGGAUGAUGAGAAGAAAGAUGAGAAGGUUGAAGAGAAGAAGAAAAAAGUUCCAAAACCCUCUCAACCAGAAAUACAACCAGAAAAAGCCUCCACCAAACCACCCUCAACCACCAAAGUUCUCACCCCUCCUUCUUCACCCAAAACCAAUCCUGCUUCUGAACAUCCCAUUGCUGAACCUAUUCUUGAUGUCUUACCCCAUCAAACCGUCUUUCCCCCUCACUCAAAUAUCUCCACUUCUCAACCUCCUCCUCACUCUAACUAUGAACCUGUUGCCUCAUCUGUUCCCCUCAACCCCACUGCAUCAGAAUCUCUAAAUUCUGAUUCUUUAAAAGAAUUAUUCUGUGCUUAUUCUUCUUCCACUCGUUUCAAAACCCCCAACCCUGAACUUUCUGUUGGUGUUAGUUUUGAAUUUCUUAAGCUAAAGGUACAGACAGGAUUAGAAUCCUUGAAGGUUGCACAUAAUGCCAGGACGGAUUAUGUUGCUACUAGGAGACUUUAG